CACAUUCCUUCCGAUGAUCCUCUAAUUUUCCAGUUGUAUCAUCACUGCCCCCCAUUGUUACACAUCUCACCACAGAAGAUACGCUUUCGCGAUGACUCAUCAGCUUAGCUGGGUAACUGCGCCUGGCUGGGCGUUCUUCUAAUCAACACAAAACUGAAGCCAUACCCUUGCCUUUUCUUCGGAAAACAAUAUCGCGAACUCAUUAACCAGCAUCUCUUUUGUUUUAUAUCCGAAACUCGUACCAGAAUGUCUACAGAAGCUCCUCACCCCCGCGUCGGCGUCGCCGCCCUCAUUUACAACCGCGAAGGCAUGUUCCUCACUGGAAAGCGGAUAGGGAGUCACGGAGCUGGCACUCUUCAGUUACCAGGAGGUCAUCUCGAGUACGGCGAGAGCUUUCUCGCGUGCGCAGAGCGAGAAACCCUUGAAGAAACAGGUCUCAAGGUCAAGGCUCUUCAGCACGUUGCCACUACGAACGAUGUAUUUGAAACAGAGAAGAAGCACUACAUCACAAUUUUUGUGUCCUGCCAGUUGGUUAAUGAGAGCGACCAACCCCAGGUCGGUUUGUCUUGCAAGUUGUGCAGGGUAAUGAGCUGACAUGACUAGAUCCUUGAACCACAGAAGUGUGAGGGCUGGUACUGGAAGUCAUGGGAUGAUCUCAAGAAGAUUCAUGCUACGGAAAAGAACGGGGAGAAGUUGUUUUUGCCGCUCAUCAAUCUGCUGGCGCAGGGACAGACUGUGGAGGAUUUGAAGGUUAAGGUGUAGUCCCAAUAACCUCCCCCAGGGAGCAAAAAAACUUCUGCUGUUAAACCAAGGUACCAGAAAUACCUAAUCUAAGAUCCACUAAUCCUAUUCUAAAUUAUACUGUCUUUACCCAAG